CCUGACAUUAUUCUCCCAUCUCUUACGGAUAUUUAUACAUUUUUUUUGUAACCACGGCUUUAAAGGUGGACAACGUUUUUUCCUCUAUAUCCCUGCAUUUCUUCAAGAAAGAAAUGGAAGAGGGCUCCAGUUCCCCGGUCUCCCCUGUGGAUAGUCUGGUGACCAGCGAGGAGGAGCUGGACAGACAGCAAAAACGCUUCGUGAGGAAGAAGAGACAGAGCAAAAAGUCCGGCGAGGACAGCAGUGGCAGCAGCCCGGGGCCGGUGAAACGGGGCAAAAAACAAAGUCCGAGCAGCACUCAGUCAUACGAGGAGCUUCAGAACCAGCGGGUCCUGGCCAAUGUCCGGGAGAGGCAACGGACUCAGUCUCUGAACGAGGCCUUUGCGUCUUUGCGCAAAAUUAUCCCCACUCUGCCAUCGGACAAACUCAGCAAGAUACAGACGCUGAAGCUGGCCUCCAGAUACAUUGAUUUUCUCUGUCAGGUGCUGCAGAGCGACGAGAUGGACAACAAGAUGUCCAGCUGCAGCUACGUUGCGCACGAAAGACUCAGUUACGCGUUCUCCGUGUGGAGGAUGGAGGGAGCUUGGUCUAUGUCAGCAUCUCACUAGCACCCAGAGACCUUCACUUACAAUGCCAAAGCGACUGUUUACUUUUAC